GGUUUCAAAAUCUAAGUUAAGAGCUUUGAGUAACUUUAAGAGCUAAAAAGGUUCUAUAUAAUGGAGGAGAGAAGUGAGAAUGGUGAGAAAAUAGAGGACAUCAUGCUACCAGGGUUUAGAUUUCAUCCUACUGAUGAAGAGCUUGUUGGGUUUUAUCUAAAAAGAAAGAUCCAACAAACACCACUCUCCAUUGAACUCAUCAAGCAACUAGAUAUCUAUAAACAUGAUCCAUGGGAUCUUCCAAAGUUGGCUAUGACUGGAGAAAAAGAAUGGUACUUCUACUGUCCAAGAGACCGUAAAUACCGAAACAGCGCACGGCCUAACCGUGUGACCGGAGCCGGGUUCUGGAAAGCCACGGGUACCGACAGGCCGAUCUAUGCAUCGGAGGGUUCAAAAUGCAUAGGCUUGAAGAAAUCACUUGUGUUCUACAAAGGGAGAGCUGCAAAGGGUGUCAAAACUGAUUGGAUGAUGCAUGAGUUCCGGUUGCCUUCUCUCACUGAUCACACGGCUCCUGGCAAACGUUUUCUUGAGAAAACCAUUCCUGCCAAUGACUUAUGGGCAAUCUGUAGAAUAUUCAAGAAAGCAAGUACAACUGCUCAAAGAACCCUAUCUCAUUCAUGGGUAUCUCCAAUCUUGCAAGAAACCCCUUCUUCUGUUCACAACAUCCUUACUCAUCAAGGCAUCUAUAGCAAUGACUUGCAACAUUCAUCCAUUACUAGCUUCUCUGGUAAUAUGGAUCAUAACAACAUCUCUCUUUACAAACCUUUUAAUAUUGACCCAACAACCCCUACACUUACUACCAUUAACAACAAACCUCCUCCAAGUUCCAUUUCUAGCAGUGAAGAGCUUAAUUAUUCUACAAACUAUCCCUCUUUGUUGCAUGAACCAAACUACGGUUCUAAAUCAUCGACAGUCGAUGUACCAUCUUUGCAGCUAGUUAACACGCCUAAUUCCAUCUUUGGAUCUUUUGAUAAGGCAGAGGGUUUGGACUACAUAACAAAUGGGUCACAUCAUGAUCAUCAACAAUAUUACAAUGGUUGCUGCUUCUCAAUCACUAAUUUACCUGUGGAAAUGCAAGAAAACUGUGUGAAUGAUGUUCAAGAGCAUGUAGGGUCAGCUGGUAUGACAAUGAUGAAGAGUCCCGACGACGGCGUUGGCACACAUUUUGAGAACCAAUGGGGGAGAUCAUCUAAUGGUGGUUACCCUUUCAUGAGUUUGCCAUUGGGAUUGCAAGAUGCAUGGAAAUCUAGUUUUCUUUGUGAUUCUUCAAGUGAGAUUUCAAGUGGUUUUUCUACUACUAGCAAGUGCUAUAUAUAACUAAUUAGCUAGUUUGUUAGUUGAUUAAGGGUUUAACAUAGAAUAGAAGCACUCUUUUAGUUUUUUAGUUUUUCUACUUGUAGUUCUGAUUUCUUGGUUUUUGAAGUUUAGGAAAAAUAUAAAGUAGUGCUAAUGCACAUCCUCAA